CAUUCAUAUGAUAAUAAAUUCAUGUUAUCACUUAUAAUAUUUCUUGUUACGCGACCACGGACAAGGAAAAAUCUAUUCCGACAAGCCCAAUAGCUAGUUAGUACACAGAGCAUUUUCCACAAUGAUGAACCUACGUUUGAUAACUCUGUCUGCAGCAUUGGUAGGGACUGUAAUUUGUGACUGCUACGGAGAUAGUGGUGGUGUUCAUCAUAUAAAUAAUUGCACCGGAACCUUUUAUGGUGGUAGUGGAGGUACUUACUAUUUCACCAAUGGCCCAGGAAAAUUUAUCGCUGGUAGCGGUGGUUCCUACUGCGGCGAUGCUGGGGGAGAUGAAUUUACUGCUGGUAGUGGUGGUGAUUAUCAUUUUUGUUCAACCAAAGGUAAACAUCAACAGGGCACAGGAGUUGUGACAGGAGGUAGUGCAGGUGUGUACUAUUUACCUCCCGGUUAUGGAACAGUAACUGGAGCAAGUGGUGGGGCUUACUAUGGAGAUGCUGGUGGAAAAGGAAUGGUUGGAAGUUCUGGAGGGGCAUUCAUUGUUAAAUGUCCUUGCAACCAAUAAUUGGUUAGCGAAGAUGUUGGUAUGCGGGAUAAAAUUUGCGACCUCGAUAUUCAUUGUGGAUAUUGUGGCUGGUCUUGUGCAUUGUAUUGAAACAAAUAAACAAACUGUAUGAAAAGGA